ACCCUAACCGAGUUCACCCGUUCCCCCCCAGUGUGUUUGUUUUUACGCAUCGUGUAAUAUCGCCUACUCUCUCUUCCUCUCUUGCUCCCAUGGAAUCUCCCAGACUUCUCUCUGCCUUCUUCUCUUAGCGUUCUCUCUCACCCCUCCUCUCAAUUACUUCUCUUUUUGGUUCUUAGCGUUUUGUUUCACUUUCUUAUUUCUCUUCUCUCUGUGUAUUUCCUUGAGUACUUGUAAGAAUAAUUUUCUGGUGCAAUGGAGAUGGAGAGUUUUUGCUCUGAGGUUGUGGCUGUGCAGAGGAUGGUCUGCUCUGUGAUGGAAGCUUUGGUGGUGGAGACGGCUUUGGUUGCUGGGAAGUCUCUGGUUUGGCUUUUGUUGACGGCUGGAUCACUGUCGAAUGAAAUGGGCUGGCUCCCAAACAUGCCUGGUACAGAGAAAAGGUUUCCUUUGGUUGAUCUUCAUAGAGUGAAACAGUCGGACCCUGAAAAUGAGGAUGGCAGUGAAACAGAGGAUGAUGAUGAUGAUGAUGAUGAUGAUGAUGGUGAUGAUGAUGCAGAUGAACAGGAUGAUGAUGGUGAUGAGGAUGUCUCUGGUGACGAGGGGAAUGAUGAUGAUGAGGGUGACCCUGAAGAUGAUGCUGCGGCAAAUGGUGAUGGAGGAAGCGAAGAAGAAGAUGAUGAAGAAGAAGAGGAUGAUGAAGAUGAUGAAGAGGAUGAUGGUGAAGAUGAAGAAGAUGAUGAAGAGGAUGAGGAGGACGAGGAUCUUCCUCAGCCACCUUCUAAAAAGAGGAAGUGAGAGUAAUGUUAGAUUCUUUUGGUUUCCUUCUGUAGGGAAUUUGGGGUCUAGGAGGGUAGGAUUCGGUCGUCUGUUGGUAGAGUAGUGAAACUUGCCAUCCUUGUUGUGAAUGAACUCUUUUUGCUCUUUGUUACGCUACAGAUUCACUGUCAUAUUAUUACCUCCCAUUUAUGGAAUGGAAGUGCAUGUAGUUUUCUAAAGCCA